AUGAAGGUCUCCGUAGCUGGCCUCACCUUCCUCCUCCUCCUCCUUGUCUCCUUGUCUCUGACCGUCGCUGCCCAACGUGGUAUGGACGCGUCUCCCUGCUGCCGCAGAUACAACCCCAAACCGUUCCCAAGGAGCAUCGUGAAGAGCUUUUUCCGCACCAGUUCACACUGCAACCAUCCUGCCGUAGUGUUUGUAUUCAGGAAUGGUAGAUCGGGCUGUGCUGACCCCAAGGCCGACUGGGUGAAAAAACUUAUGGCAUCCCUUACACCAGAGUGA